GAAGAAAAUGCGGAAAUCGUUUUACGCUGGGGUUGCAGUUGCUCCAGUGGAGGGCAGCAAUGUGCUGUUUUAAGUUUAAUCAAAGACAUAUUAAUUCCAGCAGCCUCACAAUUUUAUUGAGCCUGUCUGUGACAGUGUCAUCCGCAGCUCUAGCUUACUGUAGCCAACUUAAAGCUACGUCUUAUUCAGCUAAUGCUAACAGCAGUUCUAGCUAAUGUUACGUCUGUCUGUCUGUGAUAGAUCUGUGAUACUUGACUAAACAUCACACCGAGAAGCCCUGCGUCAGGUCAGUUCAACUUUAACACACUGAGCUCUGCACAGAUAGUCUGCAAGUGAAGGAAACGCUCUCUGUUUGAAGUUCACCUAACGUUACACUUCAUUGAAGCAUAGAGCCUUCCGACCUGAAGAUGACAUCCAAGAAGGUGAUCGAGGUGUUCUACGAUGUGGUUUCUCCUUAUUCUUGGCUUGGCUUUGAGGUCAUGUGUCGCUACAGACAUGUGUGGAAUAUAGAGCUCAAACUUCGCCCUGCUUUUCUGGGUGGCAUCAUGCAAGGAGCAGGGAACAAGCCUCCUGGUCUGGUUCCAAACAAAUUCAUGUACAUGAUGAAGGACCUAACCCGCUUGUCAGAGUAUUUUGGUGUUCCCUUGCAAAAGCCAUCCGACCCCUUUGAGGCCAUGUUCCAAAAAGGUACAUACGAGCAACACCCUCGUUUGCGCUCCUUGUCUGCGAUGCGAUUUGUGACAGCAGUACAGGAGAGGGAGAAGGGUGGAGACAAACAGGUGGAGCAGGUGUCCCGGGAGCUGUGGAGAAGGAUCUGGACUGAGGACAAAGACAUCACUGAACCUGCGUCACUAGCUGAGGCAGCGAUGAAAGCAGGACUGUCUGACAGCGACAUUGAAGAGGCGCUGAAGCUGUACACCUCGAAGGACAUCAAAGACAAGCUGAAAAAUACAACACAGGAUGCACUUAAUCAUGGGGCAUUUGGGUUCCCCAUGGUGGUGUGUCACGUAAAUGGAAAGCCAGAGAUGUUUUUUGGGUCUGACAGAUUCGAGCUCAUGGCACACUGCAUCGGGGAGAAGUGGCUGGGACCUCAGCCCAACAAAUCAGCUGCAAAGUUGUGAGAGACAAAGCUGCCUUCAGACACUGUUGGUGUCAUUCUUACAGAUUCUUAUUUUAAUGCUGACUUUGAUUUUUCAGUUUUCAUAUUUUUGUAUUUUCAGUGUCUUCUCAAGCCAAGCAGCAUAUGGCCAAUUUAACGUAAAACAAAUAGUAAUGUAAAUAAUGUAUCAUACCAUCGUACUGUUAAACAUGUGCCUGUUCAAAAAAACAUUGGUAGCUUGCAAAUGACAGCGCUGGCUAUCUUUUCUAUUGAAAUACAAAGGUACGAACAAGA